UUGUCGGUUGUCGUUCAGUGCUGACUCAACCGUUCGCUAUAGUGUUCGAUGAAGAAAACGCGGUCGUGUCGAUUUAUUUUAUCAUACGACAAUUCAAAAGAGUCUAAUAGGUUACAGUACAAUUUUUGCAGUUUUAUUCAAGUUGAUUAAUUACACAAGUUUUGCUGUUUUUAUGCAGAAAAAUUUUUACUUGCUGUGACUGGCGACUGAGAUGUAUUAAGUCUUCCAAUAACAAUAUACCACAUCGAACUCGAUAAGGUUAAAAUCUUCGGCAAAAUCUCAAGUUUAUUCUAGCGAGCAUCGCUCGAGGUAUUUCAAUGUAGUGUAUCGUUCAAGAGAUUGAACACGAAUUAUUUGCUUCGCUACAGCUGCUAUACACAAUGGUGCCAGAAUUUUGGAUCCCGGAAGAUCUGAAAGCAAUUUUGCUGAAGGAUGGAGAGUCGUACGCCGAUAUGACCGAGAAAAGCGAACGAUUUCUCGGGGUGUUGAAGAAAUUGAGAAAUGUGGAUCGCUUGGAGUUGUCGCAAAGCCACUAUCUGCAAUUUUUGAAGCUCGGCCUCUACCUAGAGGAGUUUCAGCAGAAUCUCGAUCUUCGGAAAUUCAACCUUUACGGCAAGAAAAUCGAGAGAGUAGCGCCGGAUUCGAAAGAAUUCAGAAUCCGCAUCAAAUAUCUCGACAAGGAUCAUCCGCUACACAAGUCCUGCAAUCUGAUAGAAAUCUUCAACUCCAAGGAUGUCACGAGGAAGAAGUUCGUUCUAAGGGCUAAGGAGGUUAAAAACGAUCAAGUGAUCGCCGUUGCUUAUUCAGAAUUUUGCGACGGUCAUAACCCCGAAAACUCGUACAACAUACGAUUCAGGACGAACAACUACUCAUUUCGAUGCAGUCACUAUGCGCUGUCCCUCAUCAAUUCUCACAAAAUGACCUCGUAUCUGUUUCCAAUUAGAAAAGAGAGUUACGUCGUCGUUGACCCAGAGGCUGAUGGGCAAAGAUGGUGCAACAAGGCGAUCUCGGAAAAUCCCGAGCAGAAGCAGGCGGUGUUCAAUAUCAUACGUAAAUCUGCCUUUCCAGCGCCUUACAUUCUGUAUGGGCCACCUGGCACUGGUAAAACUGCGACUUUGGUGGAAGCAAUAUGUCAGAUAUGGCAUAACACGGGGGAUACCAUUUUGAUCUGCGCACCCUCGAACGCUGCUGCGGAUGUGAUCGCGAAAAGGCUGUUGAAAUACAUCCCGGCUACGAGUGUCGAUCGCAUAUACAGUCGGUCUAGGGAUAGUUCCUUGAUCGACGCCGAUCUUCAAACCUGCUCCAACUGUUCAAACGGACGCAUAGUGAAGGUCAACAAUCGAGUCGUCUCCUCCAAGAGGAUAGUCGUUAGUACACUGUGCACGUGUACCAGGUUGUUAUUUCUGGAUUUGUCGCACUCCUAUUCUUACGUGUUCAUCGACGAAGCAGGACAGGCCACAGAGCCCGAGUCACUGAUAGCCUUCAACGUGAUAAGUCGUCACGGCGAUAGCGAAUGCCAAAUAGUCAUAUCGGGUGAUCCGAAGCAAUUGGGUCCUAGCGUAAGAUCGAAAUACGCGGCGCCUAUUCUGGGCCAAUCUCUGCUCGAACGAUUGAUGAAGCUCGAGCCGUACGUGAAGCACAACAACAACGAUUACGACUCCCGCUACAUCACGAAGCUGCUUCGCAAUUAUCGCAGUCAUCCGGCCAUAAUUCGCGUGUCCAACGAGCUUUACUACGAGAACGAGCUGGUCGCUUGUAGCGAUCAGAGACCCUUUGUCGGUCAAGAUUUUGACACCGAGUUUCCCGUCAUCUUUCACGGCGUCCACGGUUUCGAGCAGAAGGAAAACAACUCGACGAGUUCCUACAACAUCGCCGAAGCGAAGCAGGUGAUGAUCUACGUUAAUCAGCUGAUCGGCGAGAAAAUCGGCGAGAAAACGAUCGGCUCGGAGGACAUCGGCAUCGUCACUCCCUUCGCGCUCCAGAGCAAACACCUUCAAAAAACCCUCAAAAACGAGAACCUCGAGGACGUAUCGGUCGGUACGGUGGAGGUGUUCCAGGGCCAGGAAAAGGAGGUGAUAAUCAUGUCAGCCGUUCGAACCAAGAUCUUCACUCACGACGAUCGCGAGCACAUCGGCUUCCUGUCCAACCCGAGACGCUUCAACGUCGCCCUGACUAGGGCCAGGGCGGCUCUGGUAGUCGUGGGCAAUCCGACGGCUCUGCAGACCGACGACAAUUGGCGGUACUUUUUGAAGUUCUGUCGAGACAACGGAGCCUGCCGCGGAGAGCAGUUCGAGCUGAGGGAGAAGGUCGAGGAGAAGAGGAGCUUCCAGGACGACGAGGGACUGCAGGAGAGGAGCGAACAGUCGAGCGACUUGUUCGAGGAGACUUUCAGUAUUUUAAAGAUCGAUGACGGAAUCAUAAGGAGAAAGAAGAACAAGUAUUUACUCAAUGGAAUGUAUUACGCCGAGCGCGAAUGUAGCAUACUGUGAGAGUUUAUGCGAGAUAACGUUGAUAUUUUUUACAAGUGUACCAUAAAUAAUAAUUUAAUUCUUUCACUGCGUUGUACGAGCGAUUUUACCGAGAGUUCAGUUUGAAAAGUGUGAUUGUGGACUGACUACUUUUUUUACUGACUAUAUGAUAGGUAGUAUGUAGUAGAUAUAGGUCUUGAUAGAGGCGUGCGAGUCUCAAAGAUUGUCACGUUUAUGGUGGAUAUAAGAGUGUAAAACAUCGAAUUGCGAGAAAGAGCUUAGUUUUCUGCAGCCUGGCGUUUUACAUUUGUACGUAAUUAAUGCUCAAAGCUAUGUUUUACUGCAUUGCAAUACUGUAUAGAAACUUUAUAUAUUUUUUGUUAAAUAAAAAUAAAUGCUUUUAAGUCAGAA